AUGCACUAUGAUACCAAUAAACCCUUUCCACAUGCCCCCUCGGUGCGUGUCAGAUUCGGCCUCGUUGUCGCGGGACAACAGUUGUUGCCAUUGCUGCUGUUCCUGCUUCAGGGUCAAAGAUCUCGAUGGGGUUACAAGACGGCGUCAAUCAUGCGGUCCAAUAUGAGCCAAGUUACCGAGUCCAAGGCUCGAGCAUGGCUCGUUGCCACUUGGCAAUGGCAGCGUCUUCAAUGGCUCACGCCCCUGCAGCCACCGCAACGAGAACUUCUGCAGUAG